AUGGAAACGUCACAUGUCAUGUUGUUCCGGCCACAGAAAGACAGAAAGUUUUAUAUAAUAUUAAAAUCGUGUUCGCUAAAAAAAUCGUGUUCAACAAUGAAUUAUUUAAGCUGUAAAUCAAUUUUGCAAUUACGGGCAAUGCAAAAGCAGUGGAUGAUCGGAUCGGUGAGAACUUUGUUCACAAAAAGUUUCUUGGGCAUUGAAGAUUAUGAGGUACGACGAUCAACGCAAUUACCGUUUGAUCCAAAGGCAAUGGAAAUUGAAACGAAAGCGGGAAAAAUGGCCAGGUUUAUGAAGUACUGGGUGCAUGUGAUGAAAAGAGAUGAAUGCGUAGAGAAAUUUUCCGAAAUACAAACGAACCUUCAAUUAAUUCAUAGCGAUGAAAAACAAAUGAAAGCAUUUAAUUUUGGAACAGUGGUAAUGCGAAUGUUUCAUUACCAUGAUUUGCCAAACCAAGCAUUGAAGAUCUUCAACAAUGAGCAAAUACCAUUGAUGUUUGAUAAGUUAGAGUCGAAAUUCGUUUUAUUGGAUCUUUUAUUCAACCAUAAAAUGUACGAGGAUGUGUUACACAUUAUAAAAAUUAACCAUGAAAAACAAGAAAAAGUACAAAAGGGAAUGUCCCCUCAAUUGAACUGUCUAGCGUUAGCUGCAUGCUAUAAGUUGAACACAGAAGAGCAUUUAAAAUAUGGCCUGCAAUUUUGGAAUAAAUUGCCCAAAGAGAAACAACUAUUUCAAAGUGGAACAUUUCUAAGCAUGUUGGCGAUUAAUUUGGGUCAACCAAAUAUUGCCUUAGAAAUUUUAGAAUCCAACAUACAACAACAUUUUGUACAAGUUUUUGUUCGACUCAUUGCAUUAGCCGAUUGUGGCUAUUUUGUAGAGGCAGCACAACUAAUUGAAGGAAGUAAAAGAGAUUUCCCGAAAAUCACCAUAUACGAUAGCGUGGUUGAAAGAAUUGAAAAAAGUUUAGAGAAGUAUCCAGCAUCAGAAGAAAAAACGAAUUUUUCUAAAUUAUUGGAUACCAUUCCAAUUUAUAAACAAAAUAACUAUAGCAUAGAUGAGUUACUAUGUCUUCCUAUUAAUCGAAACAGAGGGUUAACACCAGAACAUUACUCUCCAAACUAUAUAGGCUAUAAAAAAGAUAAACUUCGUAACAGUUCUGAAUAAUUUGAAUCUUGUUUAUUAGCCAUAUCAAUGGUGUUUGUUUCUGAUUUUCAUAAAUAAUGUAUUUAACUUAAGUUAAAUGUCCCAAAUAUUGGCACCGACCGAAGCGUUAAAAUGAUAAUAAAUAAUUCAUUUUCUUACCUUA